AUGCAGGGCUAUCUCACGGCUGGUGCCUUCUUGACUGGUGCAGCCACCUCCAUGCUGUGCGGCUUCCUGGGAAUGAUGAUCGCAACUUAUUCGAAUGCACGCACAACCUUGGCGUGUGCCAAUCAUGGCUACACCUUGGGCUUCAACACUGCCUUUCGCGGUGGCAGCGUGAUGGGCUAUGCCCUGUGCUCCUUGGGUGUGCUUGUGCUCUGGGCCCUGUUGACGGUUUUCCGCAAGGUCUACCCAGACCCCGAUGAUUGGGAGAUCCUCUUCGACUGCGCUGCGGGCUAUGGCUUGGGCGGCAGCACUGUGGCGAUGUUUGGCCGUGUGGGUGGCGGCAUCUACACCAAGGCCGCAGAUGUGGGUGCCGACUUGGUGGGCAAGGUGGUGGCCGGCCUGGAUGAGGACGAUCCCAACAACCCGGCCACCAUUGCUGACAAUGUCGGUGACAACGUCGGUGACAUUGCUGGGAUGGGCGCUGACCUCUUCGGCAGCUUUGCCGAAUCGACCUGCGCUGCCCUGGUCAUUGCGGCUGCCGCUGUGGAGGGGAGCCAUUCCACUCUUUUCGAGGCUGGAUGGAAUGCCAUGCUCUUUCCAGUGUCAAUCUCUGCAGCUGGCAUCGUCAUUUGCAUCCUCUGUGGUUUCUAUGCCACCAACAUCUCUCCAGUGAGGGAGGAGAAGGACAUUGAGUGGGUCUUGAAGCUUCAGCUGGUAUUGACGGCCUUCAUCAUGCUGCCAGUGAUCUACCUCCUGGCAUUGCACCUGCUGCCGAGCGAGUUCCGCCUGGAGGGCGUCCGCCUGGACGAAGAUGGGACACCGGCAAAGAUCCACGGCACUCCCUUCAAGGCGUGGAUGGUGGAUGAAAUUGUAUGUGAACGGGAAGAAGAAACUGGUGGCAUGAUCAUUGGACUGGUGACGGAGUACUUCACCAGCCACUCCUUCAUCCCCACCCGCGAGCUGGCAAGUGCCUGCAAGUUUGGAACAGCUGUGAACAUCAUCCAAGGCUUGGCACUUGGCUACAAGAGUUGCAUCAUCCCUGUCUUUGUUCUCUCCUCCGCGAUCUUCGUGUCCUUCCAGCUCUGUGAUCUCUAUGGCAUUGCUUUGGCAGCCUUGGGCAUGUUGGCCACCUUGGCUUGCGGCCUCACGAUUGACGGCUUCGGGCCCAUCAGUGACAACGCAGGUGGCAUUGCGGAAAUGGCGCUCUUCAACCCUGAGGUGCGGCGCCGCACCGAUGCCCUGGACGCUGCAGGCAACACCACCGCAGCCAUCGGCAAGGGCUUUGCCAUUGGGUCCGCUGCUUUGGUGUCCUUGGCAUUGUACGGUGCCUUCGUGGUGCGUCUCAGGGUGAAGACAGGUGUGAACAUCUUGGAGCCAACCACUUUUGCCUUCCUCAUCAUCGGUUGCAUGAUUCCUUACUGGUUCGCCGCGCUGACGAUGAAGAGUGUGGGAAAGGCUGCUGGGGAGAUGGUCGCAGAGGUGAAGCGACAGUUCAGCCUCAAGGACUCCAAGGGCAAGACCUUGCUCGACGGAAGCACUGAGCUGAAGCCAGAUUCAUUGACGUGCAUUCAGAUCUCCACAGCAGCCUCCUUGAAGGAGAUGGUGGCACCAGCGUGCUUGGUGAUCUUGUCCCCGCUGUUGGCAGGAACAUUCUUCGGUGUCCAGGCCGUCUUUGGAUUGUUGACUGGCUCCUUGGGCUCAUCAGUGCAGCUUGCUAUCUCCAUGUCCAACUCCGGCGGUGCCUGGGACAACUGCAAGAAGUUCAUCAAGAACGGCUUCUCCGAUGAUCCGGAGCUGCGGUACACCAAGAACCCCAAGACGCAGGAAGAGAAGGAUGCCGCGCCAAAGGCCAAGGAAGCCCACGAUGCGGCAGUGCAGGGUGACACUGUGGGAGAUCCAUUCAAGGACACCUCCGGACCUGCCUUGAAUAUCGUCAUGAAGCUUCAAGCCAUCGUGUCCUUGGUCUUCGCCGCCUACUUCGCUGCCAUCAACCACGGUCAUGGAUUUAUGGGCAACAUCAUUUUGUGA